AUAUAAAUAUUUGUUGUUUUGUUUGUUAAGAAAAUGUCACAAAUAUUUCCAACGUAUCGACAAACGGGUGAUUAUAGACAUACCAUCAGUUGUACGACAGAUAUGAAUGGAUAUCAUGACAUGUUUGGUACGAAUGGCAACAAAACAAGUAUCGAUAGUCAAAACAAUCUGUUCGGCGGAUUGCGACCACAAAUGCCCGGACUGUGGACAGAGGCCGCAACUACUAUAACAACGACAACAUCAGUACCCAAAUGGUUACCAAAUGAAAGACUUAUCCCAACCACUCGGACACCAAUUUACAACCCAAACAGUACUGUUAAGACGUCAUCGAUUACCAGUCAUAGCGAGCGGACGGUCAUAAUGGCAGUGACCGAAGGCAGAGGUCGUGCCAAACACGUCAUCGGUUUAGCGCUCAUUGAUCUCUAUAAUCCGGUUCUUGUGUUGAGUCAAUUUGAGGACAAUGUUGACUACGACUACUUGCGCACCAAAUGCACUGUCUUUCGUCCAAAUGAAGUGAUUGUUCCCAACUCUAUCUGCAACAGUGACAGCCGUUUGGUCGCCAUACUUGUCGAUCACUGUUCGCAGUCAUUAUAUAAAUCACUCGACAGAAAGCAUUUCAAUGAACUCUCGGGUUUGGAUACAAUCCGACGGCUUUGUUGUGAUGACUAUAAGAACGUUGAGAUCGAUCUCAAAGACAAAUAUUAUUGUUUGUCUUCGUGUGCGGCACUCAUCAAAUACAUUGAAUUGAAUGAACACAUUAUAUAUGCGGACAAAUCUUUGCGAGUGAUGUACCAGUGCUCAGACUAUACUAUGUCUAUUGACUCGAAGACAGCCAAACUCUUAGAACUGAUUGUCAACUUAAAUGAUCCCAAAUCAAGUCACACACUGUUUGGUGUACUUAACCGAACUAAGACCCGGUCGGGCUAUCGAUUGUUGCGAUCAAACAUAUUACAGCCGUCGACCGAUACCAAUGUCAUCGACAAGAGAUUGGAUAUGAUUGAAGAGAUAAUCAGUUCACAGACAAUGUUUAACAAUUUGGAUUCACUGUUGGCUCAGUUGACAUCGAUUGAGAUGGAGAGAGUUAUCACUCAAUUAGUCCAAACACCAAAAAUUAAGUCAACAAAAAGUGCUGAAAUCAAGAUCGAGUGUAUUAUAAUUAUCAAACAUGUGGUGUCACUGAUUGAAUCGUUAAUUCAAAUACUGAAUACGUCUGAAAAUGAUGUGUUCAACGAGUUCACAGACCUCUUAAGUGAUCCACGAUUUGAAAUAUUAAUGACACAAAUAAAUAAAGUGAUCCUCGAGUCGUGUAAAUACACGAAAAAUGCUCACAGCAUGAGACUCGAGAAAUGCCAUGCAAUCAAAAAAGGUGUCAAUCGGCUCUUGGAUAUCGCCAGACAGGUCUACUCGGAACUGGUCGAUGACAUCAAAUAUAUUAGUGAUGAUUACAGCGCUAAGCUGUCGAUGCCGUUAAAAGUUAUUUACACUUCCAAUAGAGGAUUUCACUUACAAAUUGCCGUCAAAGAGAUCCACAAAAUAAACCUUUCGCUGCCACAAGACUUUAUAAGAAUUGAAUCCAAAAGAAAUGUAUUGUCAUUCACAACACAAGAAUUGAUUUCAAAGAAUAACAGAAUUAAUUCUGCUGUCGAAGAGAUCUUUUUGAUGAGCGAUGCAGUAAUAUCUGAAUUAAUUGGAAACAUUCGCCAACAUAUCGGAUGUCUGUAUAAUUUAUCGGAAAUUAUUGCCAAAAUUGAUGUCAUAUUUUCAUUGGCCUAUCAGUGCUCUGUUGGCAAUUGGGUUCGUCCAACAUUUGGCUCUUAUUUUGCUAUAAAACAAGGCAUUCAUCCAAUUCUUGAGAAAGUUUUGAAUACUAAACCAGUGGCUAAUAAAACGUUUAUAUGUGAAGACAGUAAUUUCACGAUAAUUACCGGUCCAAAUAUGAGUGGAAAAUCCAUUUAUUUAAAACAAGUAGCACUACUUCAAGUGAUGGCACAAAUUGGUUCAUACAUUCCGGCAGAGUUUGGGUGCUUCAGGAUCUGCGACAAACUGUUCUCACGAAUCGGAAAUAAUGAUGAAAUCGAGAGCAAUGCGUCAACAUUUAUGGUAGAAAUGAGAGAAAUUAGCCAUAUUUUGCAUAAUUGCACCGAUAGUUCAUUAAUUAUUAUCGAUGAGUUGGGACGAGGAACUAGUGUUGAUGAGGCAAUUGGUCUCUGUUGGGCUAUUUGUGAACAACUUAUCCAAACAAAAGCAUUCACUUUAUUUGCCACACAUUUUAUUGAAUUAACAAAACUUGAAGACUUUUAUUUCAAUGUUUCAAAUUAUCAUUUUGCCGUUGAAUACUUGACUAUAGAGCGUCCAAAUUGUGAUUCCUAUACUUUCACACAUAUCCUGGAGCUGGGAGUCACUCAGGAAGUACUCUAUGGCUUACGUUUGGCACAUCUCACUUCAUUGGAUCCAUAUAUACUGAAAAUGGCACAGAUUUUUGCACAACAAUUAAACGAAAUUCAAGAUCAACCAAUAAUAACUGGAGAAACCAAUAAAGAAAACAGAGCUAAAUAUAGGUUGGCUAUUAUGCUGAAGACAUUGACAAGUUAUGGACAAAUACCAAACAGAGAUACUUUAGAUGAAUUGAAGCGCCAGUAUUAUAGCGAAAUACAAAGUUCAUCUCAAACAGAAAGUAAUGAUUUCAGUCUCAUAUAA